AUGGCCGUGGCUUUGGAUGCAGUGUGGGUGAGGGUGAAGAACGUCUGCAAACAGAAUGGGCUCCUCAUCAUGUCGGUGCUGGCCGUGAUCAUUGGGUGUCUUUUGGGAUUCUUCCUGAGGACACGACGUCUCUCAGAGCAGGAGGUGAAGUACUUCCAGUUUCCUGGAGAGCUGCUGAUGAGGAUGCUGAAGAUGCUGAUUCUGCCGCUCGUUGUGUCCAGUUUGAUGUCAGGACUGGCAGCCCUCGACGCCAAAUGUUCCAGCCGGCUGGGUCUGAUCACAGUGUCUUAUUACCUGUGGACCACCUUUGUGGCUGUGGUAGUGGGAAUCAUCAUGGUUUCCAUCAUCCAUCCGGGAGGUGCUGCCCAGAAAGAGGACUCUGAGGACAGUGGCAAAGCAAUCAUGAGUUCUGCUGAUGCUCUACUGGAUCUCAUCCGCAACAUGUUCCCCGCUAAUCUGGUCCAGGCCACAUUUCAGCAGUAUCGAACAAGCAGUGAGUACAUUGUGAAACCUAAGCCCACGGUGAGUCAGGCCCAAUCAGAGUCCAGCACUCGGCGAGCACUCAUCUACGGUAUCCAGGAUGAAAAUGGAACUGAUAUCCAGAACUUCGCCCUUGACCUGACUCCACCUCCGGAUGUUCUCAUACGCACUCGGGAAGGAACGAGUGAUGGAAUGAAUGUUCUUGGAAUUGUUAUUUUUUCCGCCACCAUGGGUAUUAUGUUGGGGAGGAUGGGGCCAAAUGGCAGCGCCUUGGUGAACUUCUGCCAGAGCCUUAAUGAAGCCGUCCUUCGAAUUGUGGCCAUCGUUAUAUGGUACUUUCCUUUUGGCAUAGUGUUCCUCGUGGCCGGUAAGAUCCUGGAGAUGAGUGAUCCUUCAGCCAUGGGGAAAAAGCUGGGCUUUUAUGCCAUCACAGUGGUGUUUGGACUAGUUUUGCACGGCUUGUUCAUCCUGCCUGCCAUGUACUUCUUCAUCACCAAAAAAAGCCCCAUUGUUUACAUUCGCGGUAUCCUGCAAGCUCUGCUCAUCGCCCUGGCAACCUCCUCAAGCUCCGCCACGUUGCCUAUAACCUUCAAGUGCCUCCUAGAGAACAACCACAUUGACCGCCGCAUCAUCCGCUUUGUGCUCCCUGUGGGCGCCACCAUCAACAUGGACGGUACAGCUCUCUAUGAGGCCGUGGCAGCAAUAUUCAUCGCCCAAGUUAAUAAUUAUGAGCUGGACUUCGGCCAGAUCAUCACCAUCAGUAUCACAGCCACAGCAGCUAGUAUUGGUGCAGCAGGGAUCCCACAGGCUGGACUGGUCACCAUGGUGAUAGUGCUAACAUCCGUUGGGUUGCCAACCGAUGACAUCACUCUCAUCAUUGCAGUAGACUGGGCAUUAGACAGGUUCCGCACCAUGGUGAAUGUGAUGGGCGAUGCUUUGGCCACAGGUAUCAUGGCACACAUCUGCAGGAAAGAUUUCAUGAAAGAGGGAGAUGGGGUGCCUUUGAUAUGUGAGCCCAAACCCAUCAUGAACUCCCCACCUCUGAUGAACUGUCACAACAACGGAAACUUUCGGCCCCCAUCUUCAGGAGUCAAACAUGAGCUUAUCGCCUCUGACGUGGCGCGGCUGAUACAGCUGGAGGAGGGCGUGCGACCGCAGAAUGAGAGGAAGAAGCCUCCAAUUCCCCCGCGACACCUGAAGAAGAGCAAAGAACACUGCGCCGUCGACAUGAAUGGCCUUGAGACCAACGUAUAGCCUCUGCCUGGGGUUUAAUGGACUGUUGAUGUGCUGGUCAGAACCAGGACAGCUGGUAGGGGAGAGGACAGCAUCGCCCGCCACACUUUGCAGCUCAUUAUGGGGUCAAAGGUCAAAGACGAGACCUGAAAACUGACCGGAAAACCUCAGCUUGGGUAAACUUUUGGUUUAUGAUCAUUUUUACAGUCAGGACUUUUAAAAGACUGUACAAGCAACAGAGUGAAAAUGGAGUUUAGGACACCGAAAGGACAAGAGGGAUUGUCUUUUUCUUAAAGUCGUUCUCAGUUUGGAUCUGCAGCUUGAGCUUGCUCCUGACCUCCAACAGUUUGAGUACAGAUGUUGGUUCCUGCAUCAAUGAACUGAUUUCUACUUGAUAUCAAUGUUUUGUAUAACUUAUUAUUUUGAGUCAGUGUGCAACAAGUGUUUAUUAUGUUUUAUACUAUUACAAGCAACCAGUUGUUUUUGUCAUAUACAUCGACUGUGUAGAAAGAUGGACAACAUGACAGCUCCCCAAAGGUGAAGCCAAAAGGUGUAGAGCUUCCCCCAAUGACUGGCUGCAGUGAGGAGAUCACAAAGCCUCUUCCAGGUUAAGAUAUGGAACCUGGGUCAAACUAUAAAAUCAAA